AUGUCCGAACUGAGAACUGAAUCCGGUGGACUGUCCCACAUUGUCAACUCGGGUCCCGUGUCGAUCUUGGCGUACUGCGGCUCCUCCAUUUUGAUGACUGUUACCAACAAAUUUGUGGUGAACGGUCAAAAUUUCAACAUGAACUUCGUGAUGUUGUUCGUGCAGGCUUUGGUGUGUACUCUGUGCCUCACCAUUUUGAAAACUUUGGGCUAUGCCAAAUUCCGCCCCCUCAACAAGACUGAUGUCAAGAACUGGUUCCCAAUCUCCUUGUUGCUGGUCGCCAUGAUCUACACCUCGUCCAAGGCUCUGCAACACCUGGCAGUCCCCAUCUACACUAUCUUCAAGAACUUGACCAUCAUUUUGAUUGCUUACGGUGAGGUUUUGUUCUUUGGUGGCAAAGUCACCGCCAUGGAGCUAUCGGCCUUCAUGGUGAUGGUUUUGUCUUCCGUCGUUGCUACUUUGGGUGACCAGCAAGCCCUGUCUGCCAAGGAAGGUAUCGAAACCCAAAGCGCCACUGCCGGCUACCUAUGGAUGUUCAGCAACUGUAUCGCCUCUGCUCUAUUUGUUUUAAUCAUGCGUAAGAGAAUUAAGUUGACCAACUUCAAGGACUACGACACAAUGUUCUACAACAAUAUUUUGGCUUUGCCUGUUCUUUUAGUUUCUUCCUUUAUCUUGGAAGACUGGUCCUACGCCAAUUUGAGCACCACUUUCACCAACGAAUUUAUCACCGCUCUGAUCAUUUCCGGUGUGGCCUCUGUUGGUAUCUCGUACUGUUCCGGAUGGUGUGUCAGAGUGACCUCAUCGACAACAUAUUCCAUGGUCGGUGCUCUCAACAAACUACCUAUUGCUUUGUCGGGAUUGGUCUUCUUCGAUGCUCCAAAGAACUUCUUGUCGAUCUUCUCGAUUUUCUUGGGCUUCAUGGCUGGCCUGAUUUACGUUGUCGCUAAGCAAAAGAAGCAACAACAACCACAGCCUCCAAAGGCUUAA